AUGGUUGUAGCUCGGCUACUAGCCGAGGACUCUAAUUCUAAGCCAAAGAGGGCUAGAGUGGAGAUUCAACCGUCGCUAAGUUUUUCGAACGAAGACAAGAUUGGAACCAUCCGGCCACACGAUGAUGCUUUAGUGGUCAUCCUAAGAAUAGAAGGGUAUGAUGUGAAGAGGGUGAUGGUAGAUCAGGGCAGCAGUGUAAAGAUUAUGUACCCUGACUUGUACAGAGGGCUGAACUUAAAGCUUGAAAAUCUGACAGCUUAUGAUUUGCCUUUGGUGAGUUUUAAUGGGAAGGUUGUCAACUCAAGGGGUCAGAUUAGGUUGCCUAUGCAGGCGGGUUUCGAGGUGGUCGAAGUGGACUUCAUUGUGGUGGACGCAUACUUUCCCUACACGGCCAUUGUGACUAGACCCUGGCUUCAUGCCCUAGGGACCGUUUCUUCAACUCUGCUUUUGAAAGUGAAGUAUCCAUCAGGGGACCGGAUUGAGGAGCUUGUGGGGAGUCAAUCCAUGGCUUGUAUAGAGGGCUGA